CAGGGGGGGGGGGGGGUUUGGGGCUGUGCUCUGUCCUUUGCCUGUGCACCAUGUCACAUGUGUAACGGGAUGGGGAGUGUGGUUGGUGUGUCUCCCUGACAGUGUGUGAAUGGAUGUGUGAGAGACGCCUCAUUUGCCCCCCACCCUCAAGCCUUUACAAAUGACAGACCGGCUAAUUAAGCCAUGCAAAUCAGGGUAUUGUGUGUGUGUGUGUGUGUGUGUGUGUGUGUGUGUGUGUGUGUGUGUGUGUGUGUGUGUGUGUGUGUGUGUGUGUGUGUGUGCGCGCGCGUGCGGAGAGCGGGGCGGCGGCUUCACGCUGCAGCGCGUGUGACCAUACGGUUUCCGUGUUAAUGCAUGACGUGCUGAAGUGGUUAAUCACAUUGUACAGAAAUUCAUCCAGUCUGAAUUGGACUGGUUCUUCAUGAGGACCAGAUGGCAACCAGUACAUUUGCCAUUUAUAUUAAUAUGAACGCUGCUGCAUGCUGGUAUUUGGUAAAACCUUGCAAUGAAAGCAUCCCCUCAAGUACUGUGUGUGUGUGUGUUUGUAUAUUAAAAAAAAAAAUCUGUGAAACAAUGCUUCAUUGAGUUUAACAUUUGGCUCGUUGAGGGGAACAGUUGCUGGCUCAGCGAUGGCUACAUGCAGAGGGUUUCCUGUCUGGUUACUUUAACCAGAUAAAAUAUCUCUUGCUGUGUCUUCAGGAUUCUCUAAUGGAUUCAUCCAGAGGCCUGGCGAUCAUGGGACAUGCUCUAAAUAUAUAACCAUAAAUUAGAGGAUACUUGUGGUAAACUGGGGCAUAUUCGGUUACCAAACACUGUCAUUUUUACUUAGUGUACUAUAAACUUCGUGUGCUUGGUUUUCGGUGUCCUUUGGGAUUGUGUCCCAUUGCACUUCAUCAGUUUAUUUCUAAUAAAUGAAGUACAUCAGUUUAAAUGUUAUUCACCUAAAUGUUAGUUUGAAUAGCAUGCUCUUUGUUGCUGCCUGCAGCCAUAAUCGCAGUCAAUGACGGUCUUCCAAGUGAGGUCAAAUUUACUAUCCCACUCAGGGAAAUUUAGUUGCAGUUAGAUGUUAAAAAGAUAAUCCAACAUAAAAACAUACCAGAUUGAACACAAGGAAAGCAUUGCUGUACAGUACAAUGCAAGAUGAAAAAUGAGCCAAGCCGCGGAGAGCAAAAAUACUUGGUACCAUCAUUUCUGUGAAAUCAUCAUUUGUGUGUUUGGCGAUUAUGUGUGUCUGUAGAGCUGUAACGCUCAUGAAAAACCAGGCAUUCUUACAAAUACCCAAAAUGAGUUUGCAAUUAAAAAUAACACCUUUUCUGCUAUUCGUCAGGACAAAGGUAUUACGAAUAAAGAUAAUGUCAUUUAUAUCCUUAGAACCGGGAAUAUUUAAAGCAGGGUUUACAAUUUCAGGUUCUGGAGGGCCGGAAUCCAGCAGUUUGCAGAUUGCCCUGCUGAAAUACAUCUUAAUGUCUGAGCAUGGUGCGUUUGAGUAAGGAAAUCUACAAACUGUUGGAUUCUGACCUCCAGGACCAGAAUUGGGGAGUCCUGAUUUAAAGGUCUUUUAUUGAUAUUUAAUAUUUAAAGGAAUACUAAGCUGUGUAAUUAAGAGGUGACCAGAAUUGCAGAAGUCCAUCCAUUUUAGCUGAGCAGCACAAUCGCAAAUGUGAUUCCGUUUUACAUGCUUAUUGUUCCAGCACAGAUGGUAUAGCAACCUGCACUGAAUCGUUAUUCAACGCUUAUUCAGAAGCGAUGUAGUCAAGUACUGAGGGGGACCCCACUGUGUUUGCUGCAUGUUGUGGACCUACUGGCAGACACAAGCUCUCAGAAUAGGGAAGUCAACAUGACGUCCUGCUAGUUCAAAGGAAAUUGUAUUAAAUGCAUCCUCGACUAGGAACAUUUCCUUCUCACCGGGGAGAACCUCGGUUCUAUAGAAAAAAAUCAUCUAAUUUUCUUAUUAGUGUCAGCAUUGAAUUGAUGUGUGUGACUUUUGAAAAUAUGUGGGACACAUUCUGCGAUUUUGGUUCUCUACGUUCCUUAGGCGUAUGAACCGAUAAUGUACUGCACCUCGUAUGAUGGAUGUCAGUGAAACUACAGCCAGCGACUCACGCUGGACGAGAGCUGACAUGGAAAUACGCAGUAUUUUUUUUUUUUUUAUGUAUUUUCUUGGUACAGAUUCCUACUUCAACAAGGACAAGUUACAACACUAUUCUCAAAUUUCAGUAGGAUCGCUCUUUAAUUGCAAGAAAACAAUAGUGCAGGCAGAGACAGCCGCAGCAAUAAAUGCAUCUGGAAAUAGAUAUCGCCGACCUUCAGGAUGACUCGCAGCUCAAAUUGCGCCUUGUAACAGAUCAUUUUGUUUAUUAGUGCUUUGCUUGGCAGCAAAGAUAUUCUCCACCAAGCUGCUGAACGCCUUUCAAAGCCCCUCGCUGUCAUCUGGACAGAUGAAUAAUCUGGUUCUCUCUACAUACCAGACAAACUGCCCAUUUCCAUGUGCAGAAGGUGCCAAAAUUGGUUAUCUGUCAUACCUGGGUAUCUGUGUUUUCCUGAAGCAGGCUUCAGACAGUAAAUACAUACUGAUGUUCAACUGGUUUUUCUCAAUUUUCCUGUUAUUGUUUUAGCUUUGGCGUACGGUUACAUACAAUUACUUGUAAUUUUCAGUCAUUCAUAUAGUUUGAAAUGUCUUCUGGGAUACGAUGCCUGUCCCUACUUGCCAGUCGAGCUUUGUGGGAAUUAGUUCUCUGCAGCCUGUAUAUGCUUAAACGCCACUACAUACAUAUGUAACUGCAUCUAAAUCGUUAAAUGAAUCACACUGCUGUUAAUCGGUGGCGCUGAUAAAAUUUAUCAGAAAAACUUCAAAUGACAGUCUGCAUUUUUGCUCCCUCCUAGCUCACUGGGAGGGAGCAAAAACGUGGAUUGUCCGUGGGUCUCCGAGGACCAGGUUGGAAGACACUGCUCUACAUGCAUGUUCACCUUUGAAGUCUGGCUACGCAUCUAUCCUACAUCUGGUUUAGCAUCUUUAUUAUUUCAUCCUCUUCCUCCUGACAUGCUGUGUGCUGCUUUUCAUUCUUAAUUGCCCCCGACUAAAUUUGAAUGCAUUAACUAUUUAAAUCCUAAUAUCAUACCGACAGGUCAGGACUGUUUAUUUUUUGGAUAUGUUAAAUCUUAUUUGCUAGUUAAGCAAUACCCAAGGGAAUGCAAUCGUCUGCAUAAUAAAGCGGUUUCCUUGCAGCCUGUGCGGGAAAGGCUUGCUGAGCUACUUUGUUGAUCUAGUCACAUAACAAUGUGCCCCCCCUCCCGGAACAGUUCAGAGGCUCGAUUCCAAAAAAGGACACCCAUUGCUCAUAAAGCCGUGCGCUGAUCCAGGCUGGGGAUUACAUUCCCCAGUCAUCCACACCGUAGCAGUGUCAAAAUGCACAGAGCAGCCUAAUACCAACCGACAAAUGUCAAAACAGUGAGCAGUCAAGCAAAGGAGAUGCACCCACAGCGAAGCCUAGAGAGAAGCCAGCGUCUGCCCGACCACAUGCAAACAGGACAUGCACCUUAUAUUGUACAUUGACCCAGUCCUGCCGCUAGGUAACACAACGGUUUUGCAUUUCUUAUCUGCCAGUUACUUAUAAAACGGUAAAUCGAUAACACCUGUGGUGAUACAGACCUGUAUCUACUACACAAAGGAACAGAAAAGAUUUUUGAUUUCUAAAAAUAAUACAAAAAAGAAACACUGCAUAUCUUAAUAUUUAGAAACUCUGCUUAAAGUUCUGUUCCAAUUCUCUUGAAAAUUGUUUUCAGGUGUCAGAAAUUUGCAACAUUCAUACCCCCUGGUCUCACAACCUCACUACAUCAGACGGCUUCAGGCUGGUUUUUCAUUAACGAUUCUCAUGACAUCCUGCUUUUCUCCCUCUCGCCAUCCACCUGUCUUUCAUUCCAUCUUUCUGCUAUAAUCUACCCCAUGCUCCAUUCUCUCCACCAAAACCGUCCUGCUCAACAACCACCAUUUUCCUGUCUUAUCUCUUGAUCUUCUGUUUACUGACUUCCAAACCAGCACAACUUCACCCCAAUCCUUGGCUCCGGGACCGUCUGUGUUGACAGAACAGAGUGGAAAUAAAUCCUAGACACACAGUCUUUUGGUGACUUAUCAGAACCUCAUGUCUUUGUCUCUUUCGAAAGUCUCCUCUGCUAAAGCAGCCUUCGAAAUAAUCUCCGGUCUGCUGUCAGUAACUUACAGAAUCUCCGUAUUUACAUCCAUCUUUAUACGUCAUACCUUCUCUGGCCCUGGAUGGAUUCGCGGUCGUAUUUCAUGAAAUCGGCCUCUAUUUUAAUAUGAAUGUUCUCCUAUUUACAUCAGUAAUUACAAAACAUACACACAUCAUAUAUAGGGGAACACAACAUUUGUAAAUAAUUCAGGGAAGGAAACGGUACAUUUUCAUAGGUUUUCAUUGACUCAAAUGAUUCACCUGUAAGUCAUACAGGCACACUGAAAGGCACAAAAUAAUCAGCUGUAAGUGUUUUUUUUUUUGCAUUAAGAAUUCGUGCGCGAUUUCUACGUGGAGCCUGUGGCUGUUAUCCAAGGGGUUUGGUUUUUCGAAGCAGCUAUUCCUGGCAGUCGCUCGCCAAGAUGCGCGCUGCUGUUCCCGAUGGGAGCGGGCCAGGCUGUUUUGGCUUUCAUCGCUGUUGUCCUUUGUCCCUGAAACGAAUCAACUGGUACUGACGAGCGUGGAAAUUAAAUGCCCCUCCGUUCUUCUUUUUGUAUUUGUGAUAGGCCUGCGGCUGUAAGAAUUAAAUGUCGGCGAAGAAGUAUAAGAGAUAUCUAUUGGCGCUUUCACUCUCCUUUAAACGGGGUGGUCUCGCUCGUUCUCACCCCCGCUUGUGUUGCAUCUGAGGUCGUCAGUAGUCUCUUUGCAGGCUUCGGCACACUUUUACACUCCCCUCUGGACAGAAACUAUUUUUAAUAGUCAAAUUAAAUCAUUUGAAUUUGUUAUUAGGACAUCUGGAAUGGAGGAGCGGAGUGUCAAUCAAUUAAACGCCUGAAGGCACGUUUAAACAGCUGUUAUUAAUAAGUAUAUGGAGGUGCGGUCCGAAGUCAUUCCCAAGCCGUCAGUCUAGACAUUUACCAUUUACUGGAUCCGCAGAUCGGUGCCAGCUGUCGGGACUGUAUGAAAGUGUGCGAGGUGCGUAUCUCUGAACACAUGGGAUCCUGACUGCAUGGGAGGGACAUUCAGCCGGAUUUACAGGCGGUCGCCGACCACUUCAGAAAUCCCACGGAUGUAGCCAGUUCAUGCUUAAGCUCCUGUGCGCUUUAUCCUGAUUUAAAAUACAGACCACGUGUUUCCCUCAAGGAAAUCCAAAUUCUUUGAUGCUGGGUUGCUAAAAUAAGGUGCACACUUAUUCCGAUCAAGUUGCAUUUAUUGAGCGGCAGCAAAGGCAGGUGCGCACGUUUCGGGGGCUGCUGUGCGCUUCUCGCCGGACUGAUGGCGAAGUGGCUGAAAGAUUACCUGAGUUUCGGGAGCAGGCGUGUGCCGCCGCAGCCACCUAAACCGGAUUACACCGAGAGCGAGAUACUCAAAGCGUAUCGUAUCCAGAAGAGCCUGGACUUUGAAGAUCCGUACGAAGAGUCGGAGAAACGAGCUCGGAGUGAAUCCGGAGCGGCUGAUGCGGCGCAGCCUGGCUUCGGAUCCCCGCUGAAGUCUGGCACUCUGGACAUGAAGAUCUUGUCUCCCAAACAUCGACUCAUCAAAGUGGAAUCGCAGGACCUGGGCAGAAGCAAAAUAUUGCUGAGCGCUGUAUCUAUUGAGGAGCCACCCGUGCCGGUGAUUCCGUCGGCCCCCACGGCGGGCGACACCGAUUACUCCGACCCCUUCGACGCCCGUUCGGACCCCAGGUCCGAUCCCGAUACGGAGCAGCUUCCCCCGGAGAAUAAUGGCUACAUGGAGCCGUUCGAGGCCCAGAGGGUCAUUACAGAGCUGCAGUGGGCCCCGGGGGGAGGCCAUCCAAGAUGCGGAUUCCAGUUGUACGACACCCCGUACGAGGAGCGGGCCCUGGGGAGCGGCCCCGAGGAGGGCCGGGAGAGCCGUCUGCCCCGGGACGACGAGCGGCCGGCUGACGAGUACGACCAGCCGUGGGAGUGGAAGAAGGACCACAUCUCUAAGGCCUUAGCAGUGCAGUUCGAAGCUGCGGACUGGGAACGCUCCUCGUUCCCCUCGGAGCGCCUCCAGCAGGCCAGACUGGGCGCCGCCAGGCACCGGAAGCCCGCCGACGUCCACGCCAUGCUGGGGGAGAGAGUGGACCCCACCCUACCCUUGGAGAAGCAGGUGUGGUACCACGGCAGCCUGUCCCGCUCAGAAGCAGAGUCUCUGCUCACCCUGUGUAAGGAGUGCAGCUACUUGGUGAGGACCAGCCACGCGGCCCAUUCUGACUACUCCCUCUCUCUCAGAAGCUGCCAAGGCUUCAUGCACAUGAAGUUCACCAUGUCCAAAGACGGGAAGUACAUCCUUGGCCAGAACAGCCCACCCUUUAACACCAUCCCAGAGGUGGUCAACUAUUACACCACUCACAAGCUGCCCAUCAAGGGCGCAGAACACUUAUCCCUGCUCUUCCCCGUGCUGGUCCAGACUCUCUGAGCUGCAGCCUCCUGAUUGGACGCUCCUGUUUGCACACCUUAGCCAAUGAUUUUCUUCAUUUCCAGUGUUGUCCUCACUACGUAGGAUCCAGUGGCUGUUUAAGGUUUUUCACUUGUUGCUUAGACAAUGUUUCUGAUUUUCUGUCAAAUGAAGAGUUUUUAAUCAAGUGUAUAAUAUUCCUUAUUCCGAUUGGACGUCCUCUUUUCCGAUAAACGGUCUCUGGAGACCUCAUGUGACUCACGCAAACGGCGAGACUGGCCUGGAGCCAAGCGGAUUUUCAUGUCUGCCAAUAUCAUCAAGCUCGUUAAAUUCCCGCUCACUAAUUAACCCUGUUAUUCCUGGGUUUGCGGUUCAGCCUGCGCUGACCUGCUGGAUGACUUUGCGUAGUCGUCAUGUACGGCAGGAGAAGAGUUUCAUUAUGUUGUAUUGUGACCCUUAUCUGCCCCCCACACCCUGCCCCCCUCACUGGUCCAUUUUAAGAUCACUGCCUGGUUUGCAGUGUUCGGAAUUUUAACUUGGCAAAACGUUUUAGUCUCUGACAAGUUGAUCGUAAUGUUGAGUGUUUUAGUAAAAACUGCAAAAGAAAAACUGAACCAACUUAUUUUAGUAGUAUUGUUACGACGGUCGUCCUUGUUACUGCUGAUGGUCACCAAUAAGCUUAACUGAGCUGUAUUUGGGGUGUCUCAACUGUGCUGAGGAAAUAAACUCUAAAGAAGA